CAAAACGUCAAACAUGAGCAAUCCGGCGAAAAUCCCUGAAGGCUUUGAAGCUCGCAAGAGUAAGAUUCUUGCAGAACUCUCCAUCCCGGACGAAGAGUAUACAGAUCUUUCUCCAAAAGGGUCUGUCGAUGAAGGUAUUCGUGACCUCAUUCGUGACAUCAAUACUCUUCCGGGCUUGGUAACCACCAGCAGUUGUGCCGGUCGGAUCAGCGUGUUUCUAGAGGGGAGGAAGCAGCAGCAGCAACAAGAGCAACAGAGGCUUUUUGCACCCUCUGGGGGGAAAGGAGCGGGGAGGUGGUUGUAUGUCUCCCAUGAGCCCUUGAAACAUAAUGGACAAGCCUCCGGGGAGCAUGCUGGCGGUGAAAAGCAAAGGAAAGACACCAGGACUUUGCAUGACUUGUUUGGGAUGAUCCCUGGGGAUGGAAAGCCUCCAGCAUGGAAGGGCCAAGCCCCGCGUUUGGUGCGCUUCCAUUUUGAGCCUCUGAUCCUUCACAUCAUGACAGCAAACCUCCACCACGCUUACCCUGUUUUAUCCGCCGCGUCAAGCUCAGGCUUCCGUGAAAGUGGCCUACAGAGCCUUCGCUGUCUAGAAGGAGAUGAUGAUGGCCCCAGUCCCAUUGUAGCAGUGCGCUCUGCAGGCCUGGCUCUUGAAUCAGUAAUCGGAUACUGCGACGAUAAUGACGCUGAAGAUGACCCAACAAGUGACACGCCUAUCAUCCGCAGUCUCGUGACCGAUGAGUACCUCGAAAUGUUGAUCGCUAUAUCAAACGAGAGAUUCUCCGUAAAUACAGAACGAAAAGAAAGAUUCCGGAAGAGCCUGCUCGACCUGUACUCUGCGGAUCAGUCUCAGGGCCCAAAAGCUAAAGGGAAAUCUAAGCCACCGGGCUGGGAGGAUCCUGAAAAGCGGAGAGAAAGAAAGAGAGCAGAAGGAUUGAUGAGGAAGAAGCUUCUCGAAAGCCAAACCAAUGCAGCCCCUACAGAAAGUGAUAAUGAUGGAAUUGACGAUUUAUUGGAAUGAAUGAGAAUGAGAAUGAGAAUGAGAAUAAAAAUAAAAGAAGUUCGUUGAAUCUAGCCAGCGCUCGGCUCUUCUCUGUAAAGACAGGGGCACAAUGUAACGAUAUGUUGGUGUCUGAAAAAAAGAUAAAUGAAAACCCCCCGGUAUGAACAAUCCAGCCAUAAGUAUGGAAGCCUGUGUCUCUAAUUUUGUACCAAUUGACGCUGCAUGCUAUUUCAACCAGAUUUGUAUCUGUGCAAAAUCAACUCCAGUCCAUUGCAUCGCCCAUUGUAUCAGAACUGUGAUAUCCCUGC